GGCGGAAACUUUGGUUUCCAUGGGGGGGGAAAUCAUCCUGGACAAAAACAAAAAGGCAGCUAGAGAGAGCAAGAAACAAGAAGGGGAAGGAAUAACGGGAACUAGCAAUACUACCAAUAUUGAAAUGACAAUAACAGUGACCGUGUAGAUGUUUGGCUGGAGCUGUCGCUGUAUGUAUGAGCAGUACAGAAAGGCUGUGAUUUCUGCAGUUAGCCGUUAAGCUAACGGCUCAGCCCGGGUCAUUCUGCGCUGUCAGCUACACUGCAUGACGCUACCGCUGCAAACAACACGCCUGCGCCGUUAAAUGACACUCAUUCACCGAUUAUGUAGCGCUGUAUCGUCAAAUUCUCGGGUAAAUAUAUAUUUAUAGGCAUGGCAAACAUUUAAGCACUUAAAUAUUCUCGUUUAUAAGAGCAAAACGGGUCAUUCUCAAGGCCACGGAUGGAACCGGGGCGGCAGCGUGAGAACCCCCCCGGAUCCGGGGAACCCGAGUCAGGGGAGUGGAGAGAGGAGAGCGCCGGGGUGGAGGCUGAGGAGAGGGACGACACCCUGAAAAACAGAAGCGGGGACGGAGGAAACGAGGAAGUUACGAGCAAAACCGAGAACACUGAGGUGGUGGAGAAAGAUAAGCCUGAGUUUGAUGAAGAUGAGGAUCAGUAUGAGGAAGAGCUGGACCCCAGGAUUCAGGAGGAGCUGGAACACUUGAAUCAGGCGAGUGAUGAGAUCAACAGACUGGAACUACAGCUGGACGAAGCGAGAUCCAGCUACAGGAGGAUCCUUACAGACUCGGCACGCAAACUUAACGCCCAGGGCUCUCAGCUGGGAGCCUGCAUUGAAAAAGCAAGACCUUACUAUGAAGCCCGUAGACUCGCUAAAGAGGCUCAACAGGAGACCCAGAAGGCAGCGCUGAGGUACGAGAGGGCUGUCUCCAUGCACACGGCUGCCAGAGAGAUGGUUUAUGUGGCUGAGCAAGGUUUAUUGGCUGACAGGAACACAUUGGACCCUACCUGGCAGGAGAUGCUAAACCACGCCACAGCCAAGGUGAACGAGGCAGAGGAGGAGCGUUUGAGGAGUGAGAGGGAGCACCAGCGUGUCACUCAGCUUUGUCAGGAAGCAGAAGCGCGUGUGCAGACUUUACAGAAGGCUCUUAAGAGAGUCAUUAUCAAGUCCAAGCCUUAUUUUGAGCUCAAGGCUCAGUUCAACCACAUCUUAGAGGAGCACAAGUCCAAAGUCGUUCAGCUGGAGGAACGGGUGGCAAAGGUGAAGACCCGGUAUUCUAUCGCCCUCCGCAACCUUGAGCAAAUCAGCGAGCAGAUCCAUGCGCAAAGGGGGCGCAUUCGUGCAGCCAGAGAGCGCAACAGGGCCCGUGGGGGGCGGAGCUCUCCAGUCGGUGCGGAGUCUGAGGGUAUAAUUCAGGCAGGGGCGUAUGCAGGGGUGGUGGCCAAUCCUUUAAUGGAUAAUGACUGGGCCGAUCAAGAGAAAACCCGGCAGUGGGUAGAGAAACACAGGGAGGCGGGUUGGGGACAAAGAGAGAGAGCGGAGAAGGCGGGGUCAGACUCCAUGUCAGUCAUAAGCCUGCAAACAAUCGCCUCCGACCUGGAGAAGUUCGAUUCUGUGGAGCACUUGGGCGACCUGAGUGAUGUCGGAAGUAUAAUAGGUGAGGAGAAAGAGGCAGAGAGCGAGAGAGGAUUUAGGGCUGAAGACAGAAUAGUAGCAAGAGAGGUGGCAAACCUUUCGAGACAGGAUGCAGAGAAAGGUGCCUCAGGGACAGACAGACAGCAGAGAGAGAGAGAGCGGGAGAGCUUUGUGAAGCAGCACCACAGAAGUGUUAGUUUGUGAGGAAACAGGAAAUUAGAGUUGCCUGUUACUCCACCCCAAUCCUGGCGGGCUAAAGCUUGCCUGCAGGCUUCCAGGCGAGACUCCCAACUGACUACAAAUGAAUCCGACUGAAAACACUCUGUAUUUGCUUAAAGGUGAAGUGUGUAAUUUCAGCGGCACUAGAGGCGUUAAACAGAACUGAAAAGACUAUUUUCAAACAGGUUUCCCCGAAACACUCACCCGUCUGCCAUUGGUUACAUAAACAGAUGGUCCCACCCCCUAACUUAUGCCAUUGGUUGAGCCAAUGUUUCUGCCUGGCUGGUCUGGAGUUUACACUUUUCGGGGAAAUCAACAUACAAAUGGCUUCAUUAUAGUUGCACAUUAGGUUGAGAAUAGGAGAAUGUCGAAAAAAAUUGCACACUUCAUCUUUAAAGGGUUAAUUCUCUUUCGUUCAUCUUCAGAACACAAAUGAAGAUAUUUGAGGUUUGUUCUCACGCAUCAAUCAAGUAUUGUUCUGUUUAUGUUCGCUGAUCAAUGUUAUAUGUGAAUAAAGGCCAAAAUUCAAUCUGGUCAUCAUAAAAAAUGAAAAGUUUCUUUAUGAAACUUUUUGAAGCGACAAAGUGGUAGUUGCAUGGACUGUCAGUGGAGGGACAGAAAUCUGUCUGAUUUUGUUAAAAAUAUCUUUAUUUGUGUUUUGAAGAUGAAUGAAAGACUUAUGGGUUUUGAACAACAUGAGGAUAAGUAAUUGAUGACAAUUUUUUCAUUUUUGGGUAAACUAACCCUUUAAAGGCAUGCAAGCCUGUUUUCACUUGAGAGUAAAAAAAAAAUUAAAGUGGUUGGAUCAAAAUAAGAAAUUGAGCUGCAACUGUGAGAUAUGAAGUCAUAUUGUGAAAUUUAAACUUGCAUUGUGAGGUUUCAAAUCCCAUUGUAAGACAGAAAUUUAAAGUUUAUGAGACAUAAAGUCAAGAUGGGCCUCAUUCAUGAAACUGAGUAAAUUCUGAGUAAUUUGCUUGUUAAAUGGACUUUCCCGAAAACUCUCCUCUGGAUUCACAAGUGCAUUGUAAACCAGAUUUUAUAGUUAAAUGUGUGUAUUUUAAAGAAUUCCAAUGUUGUAAAUAGGCUGCCGUGCACGCUCAUUUACAAUUAGCAUAAUCCUUGCAGAAAUGUAAUGGGUUCAUUGGACUUUUUUUUUCUCAGGUUUGGCUCCAGUAUUGUACAAAUGCAAAAGAGACUACUUAGCCAUAUACUUAAAAAAUAUUCAAUGAAAGUGUUAAUCUUGCAGACAAAUAAUACUGGUGGUUAGAAUAGAUGGACCAUGUAAUGGACUACGUAGCUGUUUUUAAUCAUUUUUAUCAAUGCAAUGUAUUUAACUAAUUGGUUAACUAAUUAAUUUUGCUAUUAGAAAUUCCUAAAUGCAGUUUGUUUAGGAAUUUCAUAUAAUUUCUGACAUAAGUCCAAAAAUUUACAUUGGAGUGGUUUAAUGAACUUCUAACUUCUGUCUGUUGAUGUUUCAUGAAUGAGGCCCAUUGUGAGAUACAAAGUUGCAACUGUAGAUCUAAAGUAACAAUUAAUAGAAACAUUCACAAUUGCAAGAUUUGCAUUUCACGUAAUUCCACAAAAAAUACACCAUCCAUUUGGUGAAAACAGGCUUCCAUAACUAACAACCCUUCCGCACAGUUCAAAUGAGAAGAAAGCUCCUCUAAGGGUGGUGACUAAGAUUCAGAAAUCAUUAUAAUGAAUCCAUUUUCGGACAUAAUAAAUGGAGUAAUCGAGAAGAAAGAGAGUAUUAAAACACUUAAACUGAUUGAUGUGGCAUUAUUGUAACUGCACUAUAGCAGAGGGGGUUCAGAUGUUCUUGGCAAAUUAAUGAAUAACAAUAAGGAGGGGGUUGAUGUGGUAUUUUAGUCAGUCUGCAGGGAUUUGUAGUUCUCACGCUCUGAUCCCAUCUUCUCGGUUACUGUUUCACUAUCGGUCACGGGAACGGGAAAAAAAAGACAGAAAACCACUUCACACAAUAAGAAAGAAAGAAAACUAAUGAGAAAUGCAUUAAACAUUGAAGAUCAAACUCUGUUACCACAGAAAAGAAAAAUACUCUUACAAUAGAGGUCUAUGGGUACUGCUGUACACUUCCCUGAGAGGCUUCCAUUGUUACUUUAUGCACAUUUAGGCUUAGGUGACUGAAAACUGAGUCAAAGUCUUUUCUGUGAUUAUGAAUAUGACACAGAUGCUGUUGAUAGAACUUCACUUGUAUGUUACCUGGAAUUUUCCUUUAUUAAUAUUGUAUUUGGUUCCCAUCUCUGUCUCUCUCAGCAAGUUUAGAUAUUUGGAAUAUUGUUUUCAUUUGGCUGUCAGUUGGUAUUAUUUUGCACAACAUGUUACAUUAAGUUCUAGCUCAUCAAUUUGUGGCAUUUGUGAUAUUUCAGAGCCAGAGUACUGUUUUUAUUGAUUUUGUUCUGUUUGAGAGGUAUUAGAUUUUAGGUCAGUCCGUGAACGAAAGAGGGUCUUGUCUUAGCAGAAAGACAAGAAUAGAACAUGUUUACAAGUUUACGAGUGUCCUGCUGAAAUUUUACAAGAAAAGUUGAGUAAAUAAAACAACAGUGGAAUGACUGAAUGAUGUGUACUUGAUGACGUAACUGUGUUUUGCAUAUACACUUUGAAAUCAUGUAAUGUGCUUGCUGUUUGAACAAACCGUGCUGUGGACAGUACAGUAUUGUUUGCAAGUUUACAUCCUACUCUCCUCUUCUGAAUUUUUUGUUGUUUUGACAUUUUUUUUUAAAUGUAGUUGUUGUAGUUUUUUGUCCACAAACUCGGUAAAUCCAUCCUUCCCCCCCAUCAUAACCUUUUCUGUACAGAUUCCUCACCUCUCUUCAUAGUAAAUAGAUGCUCUGUAGAGUUAAUCCAGUAUGCUGCUGUCUCUCUCCAUUCAUAAGGUCACAUGAACUCUAUGUAUAUACAAGCUGAUGUAUGAUGAAUACAAAUAAUCUUUACGUGACUGAUAACUUAUUCUGUAAAUGUUAAUUUAUUGCACAGUUAGAGAUAUUAAAACUUGAAUUUAACAACUA